GAUAGGAUCAAUUAAGACUUCGGUCACGCCCCAUUUUCCCUUUCGGUUCCCUUGUGGGAUUUCUUCCUUCUUUUUAUAAUACAAAGCUGCCUUGUUUUCUUUCUUUCUUUUUUGGUGAACUGUUUUCUCACUGGAGAUUCUUGUGUUGUUGUUGUUUUUGGUGGUGGGGAUUAAUUCCAGAUUUUUUUCUAUAGAUGUGAGAAACACUGAACUCAAGAGCAGUGUCUGAAUGAAACUACAUGCAUUUUGAAAUAGAUUGCACUGAAGCAUAGCACUAAUUCAAGAGCCUGGAUUCAAAUAUGUUAUUUCUCUAAUGCUUUUCAGAAAUUUUUUUCCCUCCGUCCCUCUCUCUUUUGAGUUUUUCUCUUUCCUGAAGUUCAGAGGCAAGAUUUCUGAGUUCUUCUGACAUAUCUUUGGAAGUGUCAUUCAAACAGGAGUUCAGGAAGUGUUUUUGGAAAUCAGUAAUUCCACAAUGCCUGGAGACCUUAACAUUUCCCUCUUUUUUGGAAUCGUCAAAGAAACCAGCAUUUAAUCUUUCAGAAGAACUGUGAUGAUUGGUUUUUCCUUUAAGGAAAUUUGACAAAAGCAAAUUUUUAAUUCAAGUAAGUAUUUUUCCAGAGGAAAUUUAUUCUGUGUAACUUUUAUUUAUUUAUUUUUAAAAGAAAACUGUUUUUGUGGUGUUUUUUGUUUUUGUUUUUUUGCUGAACCUGCUUUGCAUGGAUUUGCACUGGAGGUUGCUCUGCUUAGUAAAUCAUAUUGAAUGUCAUGGGGUUUUGGAAUGUGUGCAUAGCAGCAGCUUCUUCAUUCAUAUCCUAGUACAGCAUGCAGGAGAAAAAAUGCACCUGAUUUUGAAUAAGUAUCUGAUUUUCUUAUUUUAGAUGUAUUUCCACACAGAGGAGGGAAGGUUGCUGAAAAUAAAUUUUAUAAUAUUACAUGUGCAUCUUGGAAUACAAUAUUUGCUGCAUUUUAAACCCUGUUUCCACCGUGUGUCGCAAACUGAGAAGGAAACACUGGGAAGACGGAAAUACCUUUGAGACCCCGAGGACUCCCCCACACCUCAACCAAUGGAACUGCAUAGAAUAAAACAACUGGAUUAUAUAUAAAUACUGGCACUCAUUAUUACUGGCUGCUUUGUUUUUUGGGUGGGGGGACAUCUCAUCUGCUUCUGCACUGCCUUUUUCUCAUUCUCCCUAUUCCUUGUUCGAAAGGAUGGCUCAUCCUGGAAUAAGAGGUUACGAUAACAGGGAGAUAGUGCUGAGGUACAUCCAUUACAAGCUGUCACAGAAAGGAUAUGACUGGGUUGCCAGUGGUGACAGAGCAAAUCUUCCUGCUGGUGGGACCUUCCCUGCCCUAGCUGGGCUGUCAUCUCUGCCUUCUGAACUGCCUGGCAUAGCUGCUGUUAGUAACAUUGCCCCUGAUGAUGGACUCAACCCUGUGCCACAGGUUGUCCACUCGACUUUAUGCCAAGCUGGUGAUGAGUUUUCACGGCGUUAUCAACGGGACUUUACUCAAAUGUCUAGCCAGCUGCACUUGACCCCGUUUACUGCCAGAGAUCGUUUUCUGGCAGUAGUGGAGGAGCUAUUCCGAGAUGGGAUAAAUUGGGGGAGGAUUGUUGCAUUCUUUGAAUUUGGUGGCCUGAUGUGUGUGGAAAGUGUCAGUCGGGAGAUGUCACCCCUUGUGGACAAUAUUGCUGUGUGGAUGACCGAGUACCUGAACAGGCACCUGCACAACUGGAUCCAGGACAAUGGAGGCUGGGAUGCCUUUGUGGAGUUGUACAGCAACAACAUGAGACCUUUGUUUGAUUUCUCAUGGCUGCCUCUGAAGACAAUUCUGAGUCUGGCUGUUGUGGGCGCGUGCAUCACCCUUGGUGCUUAUCUGGGGCAUAAGUGAUUUCAACCAACUUGCGGACUGAUGAAAAGACAGAAAGAAAGAAAGAAAGAAAGAAAGAAAGAAAGAAAGAAAGAAAGAAAGAAAGAAAGAAAGAAAGAAAGAAAACUGCAAAGAGAAAUUAAAAGAGUACAUAAUAUGUGGUAUGUUUUUGUCCUGUAGCAUAAUGCUAUUAUUUUAUGAGCCAAGCAGCUUUCUGUCUAUAUAUAUUAAAUCAGCUAUUACUGCCAAAGGGAAUAUUCAUUUAUUUUUUACACUGCAGGAGAAGAGUUAUUUAUUAAAAGAUAUUUUACAUUUAACCUGCUAUUUUCCUGAAACUCUGCAAGCUAUACAGAAGGAUACCACAAUGCUAUUGCAAUGAAAUGUAAGGAGGCCCCAAAGAUCUUCAGCUUUCUAGAAAGUUCCACUGGGCUGACAAUUUGAUCACAGUGGCGUAAGAGCGAGCACAGAGACAAAUGUGUUUCUCCUUAGGAAAGAAAAUGGACGUGCCAUUUGCAGUGGUGUAAUUUUGCAAUUAGGUUUUCUUCUGUGCCCAUGGAGCGGGGCUAAAAUCCUACAUGGGUGGAAUUUCCAGCCAGUACAGCUUUGGAUAUUUGGCGAAUCAAUGUGGUACCUAUCCAGAGUGAAAAGCAACUCGGUAUUCAGGCCAGUAGCACAUGUAGCUCAGCAGCUUGUCGACAAAGUGGACAAGACAGCUGGUUUUGGAAGGCUCCCCCUGCAGGACAACAGCUGGAAAUACUCUUGCAUGCAACUUGUGAAGCAUCUUGUGACAUAACAAGUUGUUCCAGUACACACCGCAGUGGGUCAACAUUGGAAGAGGACUAUUUUGUGUCCAGCAGUUUGAAAGUCUGAAAUGAAAUGCUUUAGAAUUGCGGGACAUUGUUGUUUCAGUGUAUACUUUGUCCGUAACUUUACCGUUAACAUAACCAUCAGGAAACCAUAAGUGCCUGUGACUGUCCGGACUUCCUGAUUUGCAUCCCCACUGGAGUGGGAUUUAUCCACAACUGAUCCUGUUUUCAUUACCGGAUUCUUUGUGAGGGUUUAGAAAGCUAUUCAGUUGAGUUGCUUAAGAAUAUCUUAAGUCAAAAAAGGCUCAGAUUCACUUGGCAAGUAGCAGACAUCAGCUGACAGAGAUUAGCUCUCCCUUUCCCUCUUUAUCAGAAUGAACACCAAAAUUAAGUUCUUCCCCCUUUUUUGUAAGUCUUGUUUUAUUUUCCUUGAAAGUAUUGUGUGCUGGUUCUUUCUAAAGAACAUCUUCAAAAGGAAAUAGAUAAAGAAAUUGUCCAAUGCCUCCAUCUGGACUAACAAGGCACUCAACUUCCUGAGGUGCCUGUAGUGUUUUAUUUUACUUAAAAAUCACUUUAAAUAAGAUGAAAGCAGAGAACUUAAUGGACAUUUUCUUUGAGUGCGUUGUUUAGCCCUUUGAUCCUAAGCAUAUAGUUUAGGAUAGGUUUCCUAGAAGUAGAAAGGACUCUUCAUCACGGAAGUUCUUUAAAAGCCCGUUAGAUGAGCAUUUAGUUGUAUUAUCUGACGUAGAUUCAAUCCCUGAAGCAGGAGAAUGGAUUGGAUGGUUUCUUACAGUCAUGUAUUCAAAAAUGUCCCUCGUUGGACAUGAAGGAUCUCGGUUCUUUGACAAAGGCAGCUUUCGGUAGAAUCUGUUCCACCUCUAUGUUUCUAUAUUACUUAGAAGUCAAAUGUCCAUUGAUAUCAAUGGCCAAGAUCAAAAUAACUCCCUGUGCACAACUAAAGGGCUCUUACACAUGCUCGGGACUUUGCCAGUGUUUGCUUCCACUUCUGCUCUUUAUCCUGCAUAGGAUUCUGUAUUGGAGGGUUUCCCAGUCCUCAUGAUUAGCUUUUUGGGAGGAGAGCCCUCCGCAAUCCCAACAUGUGUACAGAAGCCAAUUCACAUUUGGUUCUUUGGAUCCCAGACAAGGAGUUCAGGGUCAGUGUGACAGAGACUACACCACUAUUUAAAGUAAGGGCUUAAUAAACUUUUGGAAGGAAUAGAAUGUCCAAAAGGAACAGAAUCUAAAUUAGAUAUGGUGGACACAUGUUAGACUUCUAUGAAUGUCCAUCUUUUUCAAAAGGGUUUUUUUUUCCUGCUUAUGAAACUGUAAAGAAAUUGGAUUUAUAAAAUAAUUUGCAUCCAGUGAAAAAUGUUCUUUAUGUUCUUAAAUGUGUGGGCUGAAGUACAGUCACAACCGACAUGUAUUUAAGAUGACAAAGCAAAAACUAAAAAGUAUAGGCUCAAUAGAUUUAAGUGAAUUAUCUUCAUUUGUGGCAUUAUAUGCAAAAAGAGAGCUCUAUUUACUUGGGAAUGUAAUAUUUUCAUUGCUAAGGCUAUAGUCCAUAUGUCUUCAAAGCUGCUUAAAAAAAAAUUGGGCAGAAGCCACUGGGAAGCUUGUCAUUGUGCAACUCCUAUUCAUUUCACUCGUUCAAUGGUGUUUGCCCAGGAAUACUUCCCAGUGGUAGGUGCUCAAUGUAUUUAUGCAUCUCAGCAUUGCUGUAGCUACUCAACGGUUAUGACACUUGCAUCGACCAUUUCAACAGUGAGCUCUAGGUUUCACAUCUAUGUAUAAAGAUAUUUGUUAGGAUUCAUGUCUAUUGUAACUGGGCAAUUUACUUAUCAACAUUGCUGAGUUGCUGACAGCUAGAAUAAAAGCAUUGUAUUUACUUGCUAAAACUGUGAUUCAUAAGGAGCAGGUCAGAGAAAGCUAGAUGCACCUAAGCCCUAUAGGAGUCAGUGGCAUUUAAGCAUGCCUAAUUUUUACUGGAUUAUGUGGAGUGCUGAGAGAUUGAUGUCUCUUCUUAUGGGCCACCAUCUCAGCACAGAGGCUUGUAGGACUGAACUCAUGGACCAGAGAGCAUGAAGCUGGGCUUUUGCCCCCAUUUGACAAUGUAUUAUUAAUUGCCAGUGGUGACUAUGAACUCCUAUUCAACAUCAUAGAUUAUGCUCUCACACAUUUUCUGCAAUGAAUGGCUUACUUUUUACUAAAGGUUUACAUGGUCAGAAUAUAAGUAUAAAGAAUUAACUAUAAAAUGCCUGUGCUGCUAUACAACCGUGAUUAUUUUGUUGAACCACACCAUUGCAACAUUUCAAAGCUGCUUUAGAUGUAGUUUGAAGUAGUCACAUUACAGGCAUUUAGGAACAUGCUGUCAAUUGAUUUUUAUUUGUGUCUGUCCACUGGGCUUCUCAGUACCUUUUAUUAGCUGUAUGCCAGAGAAGUCCUGGUAGCUGUUGAUGGUCUAUGUCUUAAAGCAGAUGAUCCCAGGUUUCCCACCCCAACCCACCCCAUCUUUGCUGCAAAAUUGUACAGUAUUGUGGCUGCACUAGCUGUAAGGACAGAUGAUAUUGCUAAGAUUCAUGAUAAACAUAUUUAGAGAAGCUGAAUGUAUAUAAAAGCUUGGAGUUUUUCUUCCCCCCUCAGCAAUUUAACUGUGACCAACACUCUCUUUUUAUCUGGUAAAUUCUUGUCUUUACAAACAAAGGCCGACAUGCUGCGCAGUAUUUCCUCGAUAUCAUGCACUGCGCCAGGGCUGCUGCGGACACAGUGGAAAGCGAGCGGUUGCACAAUCAGCACGAUGGCAGUUGUUCUUCUUUGCAAGCAUGGGAGUCACUGCAGUAGCACUGGUUGUGCAGCUGCUCAUUCUCUGCAGUGUCGGGUCUGCCUUACGAGUCUGCAGCAGCCCUGGUACAGUGUGUAGUGUCAACAAAAUGCUACAUUUCAUGUCAGCCCAAACCCAUAAAACACAGGCCUUACUGCUCCAGCUCACUGAUACUGCACUUUUAAUUUGCAAUGUGCUUUGCAAAUGCCGUGGUCUUUCCCCCUCACAGCACCUUGUGAAGUAGGCCACCACGACCCCCAGUUCCUAGCUGGAGGGCUGAGACACAGGAGGCUCCACAAUCAGAGAUGGGAUUUGUUCCCAUUAUUCCAUUGGCCCAACCACAGCUUUUCCAUGAACAGAAGCUAAAAUGGUCAGUGCAGGGGAUGGUGACAGUCAGCAGUGAAGCUCAUCAGCCCUGGUCUCUUUUGGUGACUGACAACAAGCAGGAAAGUGCCUCUGAGAAGGUGCAUUGUGCUCUGAUUUUUCAAGAUUUUCCAGAAGAAGCUGGAGCUGGUAAAGUUGACCAAAAGAAAACCUAUUGCCCCUAAUUACACGUCAGAUUCUCUCACACACACACCCAAGGGGAAGCCUUUAAUACACCACUGGAAAGACCUGACUUUGUCAUGGUGAUUUUGUACUAGUGCAAAAUAUACAUGUGGCCUUGCACUAGUGCAAGAAACCAUGAUGUUACCACCCAAUAUUGCUCUGAUGGUACACUGCAAGUGAAUGCACAGGCUCCAAUGCUUCCCUAUCGAUUGGUUCAAGGAGUGCUAAAGCAAUAGUUACACUUUUAAAGAUUGUUAACAGAUUAGAAAAGACACAUUAACAGUAGCUUGUUGAGUUUGUUUUACUUUGCUUUUAAUUCCACCCCAAAGAUGCUUCUGAAUCUCAGAGUGGAUCAGAAGCAUUUUCUAAUGUGGCUUUAGAGAUUCCUUGCUACAGACAUCCAAGGACUGUGCAACUCAUAUAUCUGUAAGCUCCCUGCUUAUUUCCAUGGGAGUUAUGUAUGCAGUAUGUGCAGCCUUUGUUCAUUUGAAUUCAAAGCAUCGUGAUAUGUCUGGCCUCAAUGCACUGUUUUCAUAUGUUGGGGGCAGGGAAGGCAAGAUGAAUAAAAUGUGCAGUGUUGCCAUAUAUCUAGAUUUCUAUUGCAGAAUGGGUUUUACUAUUUAGCAAAUGGAUUAAUUUGCAAUUUAUUAUGAGACCAAAACUGAACCUCCCUAUUCAGUGGCAAUAUACCUCUGAAUAUCAUACAGUAAGGACAAACAACAGCGAAGGGCUAUUGCUUUGUCCCCUAUCUAUGAAUUUUCUAAAGGAGAAGGUUGGCCACUGUUGGAAACAGAAUGCUGAACUUGAUCCAGCUGCGCUGUUCCAAGAUCUUGCACUUGUACAAAAGAAUAAAAGAAAAUACAAAUUCCCUUCCUUCCUUUUGGAGGGGGGGGAGGGGGGCGUAAUCAGUAGGAAGGCCAAGACAUUCUGAAACAACAUUUUAUUAUGGCCGCCAACAAAUAAAAAUAAAAAAUGAGAAGGGAAUAAAUUUAAUACACUUGUUAAAAAAUAUGUUUAUAUGAUUUUAAAAAAUAAUGCAUCUUCACCCUUGUUUGAAUCUUUCAGCCAAACUUAAAACGCUCCCUUUAAUGCUAUCAAGUUUUCUACUUUCCCCCUAAAUUUAAGCAUAAUCAAGCACAACACACUUACACUGCGCAUAUAUGUAAUGUGUAGAGCAGAUCCAAUAGUGGCCUGGCUUCUUCCUCCCUCUGCCUCUAUGCAUGCAUGAAGAGGCCUGAAUGCAGGGCAGGGAAUAUUCCAGGGAAUGGAAACUGUCCAUACUCCCUCUACCCCCAUCCAGCACUCUCCCUCUCUAGGCCUUGCAAGCUAUUUGUGUUUGAAGUACUGGACAGAGAGAGAGAGGUUGGAUGGCAGGGUGCACACCAAGUGUCCAUUCCUAUUGCACUGCCUAUACAGCAGGGCUGCACAACCUGGGCCCUCCAGCUGUGGUUGGCCUACAGCACCCACCAUCCCUGACUAUUGGCCACUGUGGAGGGGAAUGCUGGGAAUUGUGCAGUCCAGCGAAAUGGGCACAAGAGGAGGAAAGGGCCGCAGGAGCCUCUGCAUGAUCACACCCACUUUUCUUCUGAACAUCUGGAUUUAAUUAUCAGCCGCAUCAUUGUAAUAAACAGACCUAGGUUUUUGUUAUCUUCUCAAUGUUGUGGAUGUUGUAGGUAAUGGUAAAACUAGUUUGCCUGUUUAUUAUCAUUUAUUGAUAUAAUUACAUUGUUUUGUUUUAAAAUCGUCAUAAAUCAUGCUGCCAUUAAACGUUCCAUGACAUCAGCUAAUUUUGUGAGGGGGGGGGAAUAAAGCACACUGUGAGA